AUGAGUUCUGAAGAAAGAUUUGAGACAUCAUCUAAGACUGAAGGCCCUCUUCUUGACGAAGAAAGCUAUAACGAAGAUGAGGAUGAGGACUUCGAUCCAUCUAAAGACUUAAAUUCAGUUAACGAGCAAGACGAGGACAGUGACGAUGAUAAUGACAACCAAGGACCUGAUUAUUCGAAGAUAGAAAGUGUCCAAGGUGGCCUGGUACGAACCAGACGCGGAAGAGAGCUUGAAGAUCGAAACUCGAGGUUAAACAAGUAUGAAAGCUUGCGAGAAAGCAGCAUCUCUCAAGAAACUAAUUCGGUUUGGGAUGAAUUACAGAAGGAAAGCGGAGAAAGGAUUCGUAAAAGUACGUCAGUGAUGGACGAGUCUUUACAACGACAGGGAGGAGAGGGGUUGCAGGAGGAGCAAGUAUUGAUUGAUCGCAAGUAUGAGUUUGCAGGGGAGAUUCUGCACGAGAAAAAGUGGGUGCCCAAGUCUAGUGCAGAGGCACAGGAGUACUUAAAUAGCGCCAAAUUCAAACAGAAGCAGAAGGACUCAACCGCUGUUACAAAAGAUGUUGACAACGCUCAGGGUUCAAAACUCAGGAAGCCGCUUAAGAGACCGCCCAUCCUGGAACAAAUAAUAGCAGGUGCACUAAAGCCAAAACUAACCACUUUGGAAAAGUCAAAGCUUGAUUGGGCCACUUACGUUGAUAAGGAAGGCAUCAACGAAGAGCUUAAUUUGCAUAACAAGGACGGCUACCUCGCAAAACAAGAUUUCUUGCAUCAGGUCGAAAGUUUUAAGGACGAAAAAUAUCGCCAGAUGCGCAAAAGCGAGCUGCAGCAGAGACUGGCUGGGACUUGA